GUGCAGCUAGUUUUCAAUCCACUGUAUCAAGAUGGUUUUAGGUUCUUCUUCUUCUCGUUCUAAAAACCCCAAAACAAGUUUAAGUGAGGAUCUCUGGCUUGAAAUAUUUGUUUUUCUUCCUCUCUGUUCAAUCUUUAAACUCAAGUGCGCUUCAAAGGUUAUGAUAAUACAGUGAGAUAUUAUGUAUCUAAUCCACUUACCCAAAAAUGGGUUUCCCUUCCACCAUCUCCAAAAUCCACCAGCGGUGUUAUGGGUUUCACUUGUGACUCCAAUAGUUGUUACAAGGUUGUGCGUAUACCGAAAUUUGAAGCAAAUUCAAAUAAAUUCAGUGUUCAAAUCUUUUCUUCUGAUAUGGGUGAGUGGAAUGUUUAUGAAGUGACAUGCACUGGAGAUGUCGUCUGGUAUGACUCUUACUUUAGCAAUUGUGUAGUUAUCGUAAAUGGAGUUUUAUAUUGGCCUGAAGGGAAAGGUAGAAUACUAGUGUACAAUCUGAACAACAACAGUGAUGUCCAGCAGAACAGGUUGAUCAACUUCCCUUACCAGGAGUUGGAGAGUGAAGAUUCUUAUGGUAACAAGAGCCCUUACUGUCUUGGCGGGUCAGAGGGUUUGCUCUGUUGCGCGAGAAUUAUGAAAAGCCAGAAGAGUUUAAGUGUUUGGGUGCUUGAGGAGGGCUGGCAGUUGGUGCACAAGGAUCUUGACUUGCAUGAUCUAGUAGCAGAAAUGUUUAGCAAAUUAUAUGUAUGUGAGUUUGAAGACUGGGAAGGAGCAGAAAUGCAAAUUGACUAUGAGAAAAGAGAAAAUGAGGCUAUUAUGGAUGUCAAGGUUUUAGGUUUCAAUCCGGUAGACAAAAACAUUAUUAUUCUCAGUUACCAUUUCACUGUUUGGGCUUACAAUAUUCAAACUAGAAGGCAUGAAGUGCUCUCUGAGCCUUCUUUCUUGGCUAACACUUCAGGUAAUCGCUAUAAACUCUCUGAUACUAGCUACCGUGUCAGCUACCCAUUUCCUCUACAGCCAAUGCCAACAAUACUUCUGCCAGAUACUUAAGUUGAUGUUAGUGUUUCAAAUUUUGAAUAGAUAAUAGAAGAAUUAAGAUGUAUUAGGGUUUAUCAAGGAAUACAUUUAUCUGUUGAGUUUUUGCUCUUUCUAUAAACUCACUGGUGUGUACUGCUGUUUUACGUACAAUGCUGGCUACUGAACUCUAUUGUUACUUGUGA